UGAAGAAGAAAAGGAAAUGAUAAUAAUUAAAAAAAAAAAAAAAAAAAAGGGGUAGAAAGAGAUGGCUGAAAACCAUAACCUACCCACCAAUUUGCCUUAAAAACUACGUUUCUUUCUCUCCCCAAAACCCCUAUUUAUGGACUUCUGUUCCUCAGACUACCUUCUUUUCAUAACAUCUUUCAAUUCCUCUCUCUAAGAAGAUCUUCUCCCUUCCCUUCUCUCUCAUGUUUGCAUAUUCCUUCAAAGUUAAUGUUGUAAAUAUCUAGUUUUCUUUAUAUCAUCUAACAAAAUCUUUGUUUUGUAGGCUCACAAAAAAAAAAAAAAAAAAAAAUCCCUUCUAGGUUGCUUUUGUCUGUUUUCUGUUCAGUAUGGAUUUCUAGAGAUAUUUUGGUACCAACCCUUUUCAAAUUCAGAGGUUUAAAGUUGUGGGUUUGUGUUUGUUAGCACAAUUUAGAGCUUGUGUUGUGAAUUGUGAGAGCACCAUUAUAAGUUAGUAGAAGCUUUGAGAUUUGUUCUUUGAAACAUAGGGUUUUGGUAAGGAUUACAGGAAUGGAAAAAAAUUCAAGUAUUGGUAGGGAAGAUGAACCAAUAGAAUUGCCUCCGGGUUUUCGAUUUCACCCAACUGAUGAAGAGCUUAUAACUCACUAUCUGUCUCCAAAGGUCCGUGACGGCUGCUUCUGUGCUAAAGCAAUCGGAGAAGUUGAUUUGAAUAAGGUUGAGCCUUGGGAUUUGCCGUGGAAAGCGAAAAUGGGCGAAAAAGAGUGGUAUUUCUUCUGUGUUAGGGAUAGGAAAUACCCAACUGGUUUGAGGACAAACAGAGCCACAGAUGCUGGGUAUUGGAAGGCAACAGGCAAAGAUAAGGAGAUUUACAAGUCGCAACAACUGGUUGGGAUGAAGAAAACUUUGGUUUUCUACAGAGGAAGGGCUCCUAAAGGAGAGAAAACCAACUGGGUCAUGCAUGAAUAUAGAUUAGAGGGCAAGUAUUCCAUGUAUAGCCUCCACAAAACAGCAAAGAAUGAAUGGGUGAUUUGUAGAAUAUUUCAGAAGAGCUCAUGUGGGAAGAAGAUACAUAUUUCAGGGUUGGUGAGGAUGAGCAGUUAUGGCGAUGAAUCGCCGCCUUCGAAUUUGCCUCCAUUAAUGGAUUGUUCUGCUUAUGAUGGCCAGACAAGAAACAUAGCUGCUGAUACGUCUCACGUGACCUGCUUCUCCGAUUCCAUGGAGGACCAAAAACCCCAGGAAGACACGAGCUUCAACACUCCACUUUUAGCAUCUUCUACGAAACCAUCUGAUAUAUCUUCCUCUGCUUCGUUGCUUUCUCCAAAACUCUCUCUCCCAAACUCAUUCUUCAUCAAUCAGAUUGUGCCAAACUUUGCGAAUUCGCAAUACGCCGACUCUUUUCUGAUGCAAGACCAGUCCAUAAUGAGGCUUCUGCUUCAGAACAAUGCACCAAAGCAGCAAAAUUCAAGACCAGAAUUUGUGUCAAACCAAGAGUUGGAACAGAAGUCAUAUGAGGAUCCAUUUACUUCAUCAGCUGGACCAGUGGACCUUGAUUGUCUCUGGGAUUACUAGAUUUGAAGAUAAAGAUUAGGAAUUCAAGAAGAAGAAAGGGAAGAGCAUGAUGUUCAGGAACACUAUUGUUAUAAGAUUGGAUCUGUAUGUGUAUAAUUUUCUGUAUCAAAAUAAUGUGAAGGAAAUGGCCUGUACUAUAGAAACUAAAUUUAUUUGACCAGUGUUUUCAAUUUUACCU